AUGGGUGAAGCUCCACCCGCCGAGGUUCACGAUACCGGACAGAAAAACGCCCCUCUGCCUUCUGAAAGUACCCCUUUCACAUUCACCUGUCAGUGCCUCAACUUGAAAGUUAAUGGACGAAUAGCCAAGGACGAUGAGAAGAGAGUGACCAAGGGAAGUAAAGAUACCUUCAAGGUGUAUCUCCCAGUGGCCGCUGAGGUUGUGAAACUUGGUGGUUAUGUUACAUACGAUCAAGAUGUUUUUCGAGAAUCAGACGAGAACGCCGUGGAGCAAGUUGAUGAAGAUUCUCUUGGACCAUCAUGGAGGAUUUGCUGGCUUUGUAAUGUCAAAUCCUAUCAAGUAGAAGGGAAAACCAGGAACGAUGAGGCAACCCAGGAAGAAUGGGUCAAGGUGGAUUUAUCAAGUGGAAUAUUGUAUGGAGAAGACCUUGAUACAUCUGACCAAGCCCUCCUAUCAUUCUCCAAACUUCGUUUAGAUGCUCCUAAAUCAACAUCAAACUUCGGACGACCCCCCUCCAACUCCACUCCCGUUCCUUACCCAGCAAUUAACCAUACCCCCGAAUCGCAUGAUCUGAUUCCCCCGCCUCACGAUCCUUUCUUCCUUCCACCUCCAUUUAUACCUAAUAACCCCCACCUACGAGACUUGUGUGACAAUGCGGGAGAUUAUCUCAAAGAAGCGCAUAAGAAGCUUGAAGACGAAGUGAGGCGGUAUAUAUCUUCGAAAACUCAGGAAAUGAGAGAGCUGGAAGAGAAAGUGAGAGGGGAGGUAGAAAUGUUAUGGAUCAAAUACAAAGAUGGUCCUGGUAAAGGUGAGAUAAUGGAAAGAGAGAGAAGUUCAAGUACUUCCAGAGCAGGUGACUUGAGCAGACCAGUAUCAAAGGAUCGCUCGAUACCUUCCGACAACAACCCUCUGGCAAAAGCGUCUACUUCCCCUUCGGUGAAUGCUCCGAGUACAUCUUUACUCGCUCAAUCGCUCUCUGCGAAUACUUUCUAUGCUCCCGCACCGACGAACAAGCCCCCUCCUAAUGUUCAGGAUGAAAUCAACAAGACUCUCGACCAUGUUGCGAGCACGUACGAUAAGCGAGAUGAUAGUCGAGCAGUCGCGAUGAGUUAUGUGUUCAGUAGUUUGGCUGAUCAUAUGGUUGGAGCGUCAAGUGUCGGUGGAACUAGUCAAAGUGGGAGGAGAAGCUCGUCUCAGUCUAAUGGGAAUGGGAAUGGGGAGGAGGUAACAGAUAAAGAUAGUUGGAUCGAUGAGGAACGGGCGACUUUGAGAGGAACUCUGGGUUUGACUAAUAGGAUGAGUGCGGUAGAAGAGGAAGAAGGGGAAGGUAAGACGCCUAGACCUACUUCGGUGAAGCAGCUACACAGCGAGAAGAAGGAGGAGAAGGGCAAAGGAAAGGGUAGAGUCACAUUUGAAGAACCUGAGGAGAAGACGGGUGAAGCUGAGCGAUCGGAUGUGGAGGAUACCGUCUUUGACAUGGAGAUGGAUGAUCAUCAACCUUCCAAACCUCUUCAAUCCACUUCCUCGCCACCUGAGAGACUCGCUCAAUUACCUAUCUCACGUACACGAAACAUCGUCGAGGCCAAUCUCUCACGAACAUUCGCAGCUGAUGCACCAUCCCAUCGAGCCGCUUGGAGACGUAUCGAAGAGAAUGGAUCGAUGUACGCUACCCUCCGUCGAGGAUCAAGUUCCUCCGAUGAUGACGAGGAAGUAGAAGAUGAAAGUAGGAUAUCGAAAUUAGCUAUGUCGAUGCCUAUGGCCAUUCAUUUACCUAAAUCACGAGCGAAGCACGAACCAGUCACCGAGUUGGAAAGGAAAACUUCUUUAUCAGAUAAACACGGUGUACUUGUUCCGCCCCUUCUCAAAGCCAUGAGACAAAGAGGGAUCGAGCAGAAUUCGUUAGGUCUAUCAUCGCCUAGAGGAAGAACACCUCAGAACCAAAUUAGAAAGGUAUCGAGGUCCGCAUCUGUCUCUAGGGAGAGGGAACAGAUCCAAUCGUAUAAGAAUGAUCCAGGAGCGUUGUACGAGUCUUUAGGUGAUGCGGAUUAUGAUGACGACGAGGAUGCAGAUGGAGAAGAAAAUGACCAGGAUCAAGGGACGUUGAGGGAUAAGAAAGGGUUCAUACCUCCUCAUGUACUUGCCAGAAAGAAAGACAAGGAUCAACCGGCCGAUGUGGGUUGGAGAAGUAUGGUGUCGAGUUGA